AUGGCCUCCCCAACGCUCUCUGAGGUGGCGAGCAACGGUAUUGCUUCUAAACGCCAGUCGCUCGACCGCGACCGCAUCCUCGGCUCGCCACCACCCGCAAAUGGCGUCAGUUCCCCCAACGGCGACACACACCAUGAUUCAGACGAAUCCCUGGACCCCGUUCAACGCCUCGAGAACGAGCUCCAACGCACAAGAGAGGAAAAGGAUGCCCUCGCUGCGCAAUACCGUAACCUGCUCGCCAAGCUCACCACGAUGCGGACGACGCUGGGAAAUAAGCUGAAGCAAGACGCCGAAGAACUCGACCGUCAAGAACAGCUUGUCCAACAACUGACAGCGCAGAAUGACGACCUUGCGAACACCGUCGAGACUCUCAAGUCGGAGCUGAUAGCGUCCAACGAAGAGGCCGAGCGCGCGUCCAAGGAGCUCGAGACGAUGCGCACCCGGGCGCUACACGACAACAGUCAAGAGACGUAUCUCCGCGAACGUGAGCUUCGUGAGCUCCAGGCCGAACUUGAACAGUGUCGAAUAGAGCGCGACGAGUGGGAGCAGAAGGCGCUUCAGGUGCAUGUUUCGGCCGACGAAGCCCGCACCAUCGCAGACAGCCUGAGGAGAGACUUGGAGGUAGAGCGGGAAGCGAAGCAGCGUGUGGAGAUGGGGUUGGAGAUCGAGCGAGAGAAGUGCUCGAACUUGCAGUCAGUCUUGGAGGACUUCCAGUCUUCGAAGGACCAUGAUUUGAAACAGGCGGUGAAGGAUUACGAGGCCCGACUUACCAGUGUCACCCAGUUGCUGGCGGAGUUCAAGAGUCGUGCGCUGAAUGCGGAACUCCAGCUGGAGGAAUCGUCCUCCAGCAACGCUCGCGUACAGGAGUUGGAAAAGGAGGUCAAGGACAAAGGCAUACUCAUUGGGAAGUUGAGACAAGAAGCUGUCAUCAUGAACGAACAUCUCAUGGAAGCGCUUCGUCGAUUGCGACGUUCGUCCUCGGAGACGAACGUGGAUAGGCGACUUGUCACCAACGUCCUACUUUCCUUCCUCAACACACCUCGAGCCGAUUCAAAACGUUUCGAGAUGCUGCAACUCCUCGCGUCGGUACUGUCCUGGGACGACGACGCACGAGAGAAGGCAGGUUUGCAGCGAAACAAUGUAGCUCAGCCGUCUGGAGGGCUAUUUUGGGGUCGCUCCACUGCGCCUUCGCCGACGUCCAAGCCUGCUGAUCUCCAAAAAACGGAUGAGACCGAGUCAUUUUCGAGGCUAUGGGUGGAGUUCCUCCUCACCGAAGCUGCCUCUGGAGAGACGGGCGUGCCACCCCCUCCACGUUCGCCAUUACGACCGAACGGCUCAUUGCCCGCAAGCCCCACCCAAGGCGCCACCCGACUAUCUCCUUUGGGGCUCAACGGCUCUAGGCGACUCCCGUCAUUUACCUCGGUAGCAAUGGCAAGCAGUCCAGAGCUGAAACCUGUCGCGAGCCCUCCGUCCAAGGGGAAAGAACGUGCGACAUGA